AUGCCGCUCGCUCGUGACUUGUUACAUCCGUCUUUUCGAGAAGAGAAGCGAAAGUGCAAAUUAAAACGUUUGGUCCCCUCACCAAAUUCCUUUUUCAUGGAUGUUAAGUGUUCAGGCUGUUUGAAAAUCCAGAUCGUUUUCAGUCACGCACAGACAGCUGUAGUUUGUCCUGGAUGUGACCGAAUUUUAUGUCAGCCCACUGGUGGAAGAGCACGGCUAGCUGAUGGAUGCAGUUAUCGCAAGAAGGCGAAAUGA